AUGGAUCCCAGUCUCCUCCCAGAACCGACCCAGGAUAUUGGGCAGUUGGGCGCCCCGUACAAUGACCUUCAAAUCGGCACAAUGGUCGCCUUUGGGAUAACAUACUUCAUGGCGACAUUCUUCCUGGCUUGCCGAUAUUUCCAGGCCAUCAAGAUAGUAAAGAACGUCGAGAUCGAUUUGAUCAUCUUGACACUAUGUUAUGGCCUUGCACUAGCCUACUUCAUCACCAUGGUUAAGCUGAUGGACUAUGGGUGGGCGCGACACAUGACGGAGAUCUUUGCAUCCAACUGGAUGAACCUACUCGAGUUCAACAACAAGCUGCUCCCCAACACGCUUAUCUAUCUCAUCACACCGGCUGUGACCAAGAUAGCCAUGUUGACUGUCUUGUUCAAGAUCAAUCCUUCGGCCACAUACCGUAUCUGCGUUGUGGUUAUUGGAGUAUGCAUUUUUGCCUACACUUUAGUGCUGACCUACCUGACCGGAGGGCCCUGCACGCCGCUCAAGGGUGACGAGACGAUCAAGUGCUUGAUGAACGUUGCCAUUUCGCAGUCAGUGUUGAACAUUGCGUCUGACAUUGCCGUCAUCUUGCUUCCCAUUCCCACUAUUAUCAGCUUGCAGCUGAGCUUCAAGCAGAAGUUAUCUGUAGGAGGUAUUUUGGCUCUGGGCUCUGCUGUCGUCAUCUGCUCCAUUGCGCGCCUGCCCUAUUCCAUCUCCCUCGGGUCAUCAGAUGAUCUCUCCUGGGAAGAAGGCAUUCUCGGCAUCUGGUCCAUCGUGGAGGUCAACAUCGGCAUUGUCUGCGGCUGCGCCAUGAGACUCAAGAAGCUCGUCACGGCCUACCUGCCCAGAAUGGGCUGGAACAGCUCGCAAAAGAAGUCGACGCCGUACGGCAGCUCAUGGGGUGGCACCACUGCUACGGGGUCAAAGGGUGGAAACAAGACUUUUGACGAGGCAAACGGUUUGAAGGGGGAUUACCAAUUACACAGCGUGCAGAAGGGUGGUCUGGAAGCCGGGAGCACGGAUACGAUUCUGAAAUAA